AUGGAUGGGCAGCAAGAUUGCCUCACCCAGGGUGCUCUUGAUAAUGCUGAUGUCUCUUCCUUACCUGAGAGGCCCUCAGAGCUUCCAUGUGCGUUCUAUAUGAAGACUGGAAAGUGUAAAUUCAGCGUAUCCUGCAAAUUUCAUCACCCUAAAGGCGUGGAAGUGCAAUCAGCUGGAGAACAAUAUGCCACUGUGCUCCAGAAUGAAAUAUCUGAAGAUUCAAAGCCAGUGCAGCCACUUUAUACCCCAGCAUUGUUGCAUAACACCAAAGAGUCAAUAGUUCUCACAGAGGAAAAUAGAGAAUAUGAUGACGUGUAUAUACUAGCAAUAGCAUGUACUGUUGAAGGCGACAACGAGCUCACUGGAGGUAUUAUCGGUGACGGCGGAACGAGAAUGUGA